UGACAUUUCGUUUUAGGUAUUUUAAGGUGCUAUAUAUUUAUCUUUUCUACAAUUUACCGAGUGCCUUGUGCCGAUUGCUCAUUGCUUGGCUCACACGAAGUGGUUAUAUUCUCGUUGUUGCCUACGUUAGAUUUCGAUAUCGUGCUUCAUAAAGGUAAUCUGCUAGAAUGGAUACUUCUACGACCGGAAACAAAAUCAGACAAACUUUUAUUGAUUUCUUUAUCACUAAAGGGCACAAGUAUGUUCAUUCUUCUUCAACAAUUCCACAUGAUGAUCCUACUUUAUUGUUUGCAAAUGCAGGGAUGAAUCAAUUUAAACCAAUAUUUUUGGGAUCUGUUGAUCCCAACUCUGAUAUGGCCCAAUAUGUAAGAGUUGUCAACACUCAAAAAUGUAUAAGGGCUGGAGGAAAGCAUAAUGACUUAGAUGAUGUAGGAAAAGAUGUUUACCAUCACACCUUUUUCGAAAUGAUGGGUAACUGGUCCUUCGGCGACUAUUUUAAGAAAGAAAUUUGUUCUUGGGCUUGGGAACUACUUACUGAAGUUUACAAGUUAUCAGGAGACCGAUUAUAUGUAACAUACUUUGGGGGUGACGAAUCUUCUGGACUAGAACCAGAUUUGGAGUGCAAAAAUAUAUGGAUUAAUUUAGGUGUACCUGAAUCUCAUAUUCUGCCAGGUAGUAUGAAAGACAACUUUUGGGAGAUGGGCGAAACAGGACCUUGUGGUCCAUGUUCUGAAUUGCAUUAUGAUCGAAUUGGCGGACGAAACGCUGCACAUCUUGUUAACAUGGAUGAUCCUGAUGUUCUUGAAAUUUGGAAUUUGGUGUUUAUACAAUUUAAUAGAGAAAUGGAUGGAUCACUGAAGCUUCUCCCAAAGAAACAUAUCGAUUGUGGCUUAGGUCUAGAGAGAUUAGUUUCUGUAAUUCAAAAUAAAAGAGCAAACUAUGACACAGAUUUCUUUAUGCCUAUAUUUCAAGCCAUACAAGAGGGCACGAAAAUAAGACCUUAUAGUGGCAAAGUGGGUUCUGAUGAUACAGAUGGAAUUGAUAUGGCAUAUAGAGUAUUGGCUGACCAUGCAAGAACCUUAACCAUUGCUUUAUCUGAUGGUGGACAUCCUGAUAACACAGGAAGAGGCUACGUUUUAAGAAGGAUUUUAAGAAGAGCUGUUCGUUUUGCCUCAGAGAAACUAAAUGCAAAGCCUGGAUUUUUUGGAUCUUUAGUUAAUACUGUUGUAAAAUUAUUGGGUGAUGUGUUCCCUGAAAUUACUAAAGAUCCUGAAUCGAUAAUUCAAAUAAUAAAUGAUGAGGAAGUUCAAUUUUUAAAAACCCUAACCAGAGGUAGAAAUUUGCUCAACAGAACCAUUGAAAAACUUGGUGAUUCGAAAACAGUUCCAGGUGAUGUCGCUUGGCGGAUGUAUGAUACAUAUGGUUUUCCGAUUGAUCUAACCCAAUUAAUGUGUGAGGAAAAAGGAUUAACAAUUGAUAUGGAAGCUUAUGAAAGAGCUAAAAAAGAAUCUCAGUUAACUUCUCAAGGAAAAAGUGUUGGACUUGAGGACUUACUAGCCUUAGACAUUCAUGCAAUCAGUCAUUUACAAGAGACUGGCAUACCUGUAACAGAUGACUCGCCGAAAUAUAACUAUACUGCAUCUUCUACAGCAAAAGAGGCUGAAUACAAAUUUGCGCCAUGUAUAGGAACAGUUUUGGCACUACGUCAAAAUAAAGAAUUUGUGAAUGAGGUCACAAGUGGUCAAGAAUGUGGUGUUAUUUUGGAUCGUACAAGUUUUUAUGCAGAACAGGGAGGGCAAAUAUUUGAUGAAGGAUAUAUGGUUAAAACUGACGAUGACAGUGUUGAAUUUACAGUAAAUAAUGUACAAGUCAAAGGUGGUUAUAUUCUCCAUACAGGUAAAGUUGAAGGUACACUUAAAGUCGGAGACAAAGUUGUGUUGAAUAUAGACACAGAAAGACGUCGUUUGGUAAUGAAUAAUCAUACUGGAACUCAUAUCUUAAACAAUGUCUUGAGAAAAGUUCUCGGAAAUGACUCUGAUCAACGUGGCUCUCUUGUGAUGCCAGAUCGUUUAAGAUUCGAUUUUACUAAUAAAGGUCCUAUGACUGUUAAACAGAUAAAAGAUACGGAGGACCAGAUCAAAUCAAUUAUUAAUGAUAACAAAUGUGUUUAUGCUAAACACAUUGGCUUAAGUGCAGCUAAAAAAAUUAAUGGCCUUCGUGCUAUGUUUGAUGAACACUAUCCAGACCCAGUCCGUGUCCUUUCAGUUGGCAUACCUGUUGAUGAACUGGAAAAUAAUCCUGAAGGCACUGCUGGAUUUGAAACAUCUGUUGAAUUAUGUGGCGGUUCACACUUGCACCAAACUGGUCAUAUUGGAGACUAUGUUAUUGUUAGUGAGGAAGGAAUAGCUAAAGGUAUACGAAGAAUUGUAGCAGUAACUGGUCCAGAAGCUACAAAAGCCCUUAAUAAAAUGAGUAUUCUUGAAAAUGAAGUAAACAAUAUUGCUAAUUUUGUCAAAGAUCAAGCUGAUAAUCUUAAUCAUAAAGAUAUUGUUAAGAAAAUCGUAGAACUAACUAAUGAUGUAUCUCACGCCCAAAUAGCUUACUGGAAAAAGGAAGAAUUAAGAACUAUGCUUAAAAAUUUGAAAAAACAACUAGAUGAUAAAGAAAGAGCUGCUAAAGCAAUGACGAUUAAUUUAGUGAUUGAGAAAGCCAAGGAAUUAUGUCUACAAGAAAAUUCUUCAGAGAUUAUUGUAUGUGAAUUAAAAGCAUAUAAUAACACAAAAGCUUUAGAUGGUGCUUUAAAGCAAGUCAAGCAAUUACAACCUAACUCAGCUGCUAUGUUCUUUUCCGUUGACGAUGAUUCCAAUAAAAUAUUUUGUUUAGCAGCUGUACCUAAAAAUCUUAUUGACAAAGGUUUACUGGCAUCAGAAUGGGUUCAAUCUGUUGUGUCAAUCAUUGGUGGUAAAGGCGGCGGAAAAGCAGAGUCUGCCCAAGCUUCUGGAGCUAACCCAAAAGGGCUGUAUGAGGCUAUUAAAGUGGCGCGCAAUUUUGCUGAAAACAAAUUAGCAUAGUAAUAUUACAAAUAGUAAAUUACAAAGUAACAACUUUUCUAAUUUUCAGGUUGUAUUGCUUAUGCAUAUGUUAGAUAGAAGCAUUUUAUUUAUUGGUUACUAUACUUACGCUUGUAAAAUGAUUUUGAAAUACAUUUCUUUACUUGGG